AUGGAGAAAAAAGAUUCUAUAGACGUGUCCAUCCCUGAGGAUACUAGCUCAGGCGAUGUAUUACCCUUCCGGCAGACGAAGCGUGGUCUGACAUCUCGACAUGUGCAACUAAUGGCCAUCGGAGGCUCAAUCGGUACUGGACUUUUCGUCGGAAUUGGAUCCUACCUACGGGAUGCAGGUCCGCUGUCAGUGUUCCUUGGGUAUCUGAUUUGGGGAUGUCUCUUUAUUUUGCCUGUCAAUCUGUGUGUUGGAGAGAUGGCUGCAUACCUUCCUAUCCGUGGCUCAAUUUUUGAGCUUGCUGCCAGGUUCAUUGAUCCAGCAUUUGGGUUUGCUAUGGGCUGGGUAUAUUUCUAUGGUGGUGUAAUGCUAGUAUGUACGGAGUACUCUGCAGUCUCAACAAUUAUGCAAUACUGGAACACAAGCGUCAACCCAGCCGUCUGGGUAGCCAUGGCACUGAUCGUUUGCACAGCGCUCAACCUUAUCUCCGUGAAAUGGUACGGCGAAAGCGAGUUUGUCCUAGCGUCAACCAAGAUCCUUCUCCUCAUCGGACUCGUCCUCCUCACCUUCAUCACAAUGGUUGGCGGAAACCCCAAGCACGAUGUCUAUGGCUUCCGGAAUUGGACCGAGGGCGUCAUGUUCGAAUACUAUACCGAGGGCAGCACGGGCCGAUUUUUGGGUUUCUUCUCCGUCAUGGUCUACGCCGCCUUCUCUGUGGCUGGACCCGAUCUCCCAGCCCUGGCCGCAGGAGAGAUCCAGAACCCCCGAGUGACCAUCCCCCGAGUUGCGAAGAUGACUUUCUGGCGUAUUGUUGGAUUCUAUGUCGUCGGAGUCCUGGCUGUAGGCAUCAUCUGCAGUCCACGCGACCCCCGUCUCAUUUCCGCAAUUAGUGACGGUGCCGCUGGCUCCGCUGCUUCACCAUGGGUCAUCGGCAUCGAAAACCUCGGCAUCAGAGGUUUACCCGAUCUGAUCAACUUCCUGAUUUUGUUAUCGGGCUGGUCGUGUGGCAACGCGUACCUCUACAGCUCCAGUCGCACACUUUACUCUCUCGCUCGCGACGGCCAGGCGCCGAAGUUCCUUUUGAAAUGCACUGCAUCCGGAAUCCCUAUUAACUGUGUCAUCACGGUGUCUAUUUUGUCUUGCAUCACUUUCCUCGUUGCUAGUACCUCAUCCGUCGAGGUCUUCUUCUGGUUCGUUGAUCUGACCACCAUUGCCUUCGUGCUCACCUACACUGGCAUGGUCUGCGUCUUCAUUGCCUGGUACCGGGCCAUGAAAGCGCAAGGAAUUGACCGCAAAUCCUUCGUCCCCUGGGCUGCCCCGUUCCAGCCAUACGGGGCCAUUCUUGCUAUCAUUAUCGGCUGCCUGACCGCUGUCUUCAAUGGCUUCUCUGUCUUCAAGCCUUUCAGCGUGCAAGGCUUCAUCACCUCGUACUUUGGUCUGGCGUUCUGGGUCAUCAUGUUUGUCUUCUGGAAGGUGUAUCACCGGAGUUCUUUUGUGAAAGUUGCAGAGGCAGAUUUGUACUCUGGGAAGGCGGAGAUUGAUGAAGAGUGUAAGAUCUGGGAAGAAGGUGGUUGGGCCGAGCGGCGGAAGCAGGAGCUGGCUAAUAUGCAUUGGGUCCGGCGAGUGUGGGAAAAAAUGUGGUGA